CCUUUCUCCACGUGUGGUGCGGAGGCGACCGUGAUCCCUUUCCCUCCCCACGGGAGAGCUCCGAGCUGGUGGAUUGGGGCCGGGGGAAGGAGCCUUAUCUUCUUUCUUCAUUCCCCGUGACCCUCCCCAUCGCCGGCUUGGAAGCAAAACUUCCCCCGACUCGGUCGAUAGACAAACUGAAGUAUGGAGAAAAUGAAAUGAUUUGGACAUGGUCACUUUGAGAGCAUACAUAAUGUGACAAUCUUUUGUUAAGGGAUGGGCCUAGAAAAAAUUUACAGAAAUCAUCAGUAUUACCAAUAGAAUUCUACAGAAAGAGAGAGAAGUUCUAUUUAAAAUGGCUGCAGAAUGUAUAAAAUACUUUGGAGUCUUCCACACAAUAACCAUAUAACUACAACUACAAACAACUUUAUAGAAAUAAAGACAGAACUAAACAAGUGGGAAAACACCAAUUGCUCAUGGAUAACCAUGAAUCUCCUGCUAUUUUUUAUUUUGGGCUUGCUUGUUCAUUUUGUGUUCUUUGUCUCCAUAUUUGACAUUUACUUUACUUCUCCUCUGGUGCAUGGUAUGACUCCUCAGUUUACUCGUCUGCCAUCUCCAGCAAGGCGAUUAGUGCUCUUUGUUGCUGAUGGCCUUCGAGCAGACUCCCUUUAUGAAUUAGAUGAAAAUGGAACUUCUAGAGCCCCAUUCAUCAGGAAUAUAAUAAUGCAUAAAGGUAGCUGGGGCAUUUCUCAUACCCGUGUUCCCACUGAAUCCAGGCCAGGACAUGUGGCACUGAUAGCUGGAUUUUAUGAAGAUGUCAGUGCAGUUGCCAAAGGGUGGAAAGAGAAUCCUGUGGAAUUUGAUUCUCUUUUCAAUGAAAGCAAAUAUACGUGGAGUUGGGGAAGCCCUGAUAUUUUACCUAUGUUUGCUAAAGGUGCAAGUGGAAACCAUGUUUAUAUCCACUGUUAUACAGCAGAAAAAGAGGACUUUGGUGCCCGAGAUGCAGCAAGGCUUGACACCUGGGUUUUUGACCAAGUUAAGGACUUUUUCCAGUCUGCUAAAAGUAACCAGUCUUUGUUCUCAAAAUUGAAUGAAGAGAAAAUAGUGCUCUUCUUGCAUUUGCUGGGAAUAGACACAAAUGGGCAUGCUCACCGACCAUCAUCAAGAGAAUAUAAAGACAAUAUAAGAAAAGUCGAUGAUGGAAUGAAGGAAAUAGUGUCCCUUCUGGAGGAUUUUUAUGGAAAUGAUGGAAAAACAGCCUUUGUCAUUACCUCUGAUCAUGGAAUGACAGAUUGGGGAUCUCAUGGUGCAGGUCAUGCCUCAGAGACUUUAACACCUUUGGUUGCUUGGGGAGCUGGAAUACGUUAUCCACAGCAGGUGUCAACACAAUUCUUCAAUGAUGAGUUUUUGAAAAAAUGGCAGCUGGAGAACUGGAAAAGGCGAGAUGUCAAUCAGGCUGACAUAGCACCAUUGAUGGCUUCUCUCAUUGGAGUUCCUUUUCCCCUUAAUUCUGUGGGAAUCCUGCCUCUGGAUUAUCUUAACAAUAGUGAUCUUUUCAAGGCAGAGAGUAUGCUUACAAAUGCAGUACAGAUCCUUGAACAAUUUAAGAUAAAAAUGACUCAGAAAAAAGAAGUCACACUGCCAUUUUUAUUUACACCCUUUAAGUUACUUUCUGAUUCCAGUCAGCUUGAGAUUUUAGGAAAAGCAAGAUCUUACCUUAAACAGAAGAAGUAUCAGGAGGUGAUCUCUCUUUGCAAGAAGCUGAUUCACCUUGCACUGGAAGGCUUGUCAUAUUACCACACUUAUGACAGAUUCUUUUUGGGCAUCAGUGUUGCUUUGGGUUUUAUUGGAUGGAUAUCUUUUGCUACUAUAAUGAUUAUCAAGUCUCAUUCUAGUCUCACAAGAAGUGUUGUUAAAAGUGGAAAGGUGUUUGCUUUCCAGAAACCUCACUGUUUACUGCCAUUCAGUUUUGUAAUUAUUGGAGUUUUAAUAGCAUUCUUCCUGCUGAUUCAAGCCUGUCCCUGGACCUAUUACAUAUAUUGUUUGUUACCGGUGCCAAUAUGGUAUGCAGUUCUCAAAGAAUUCCAAGUUAUUCAAGACCUGAUCACAUCAUUGUUGACCUUUUCUGGAAAACAUUCAAUUGUGUUUUUACUAGUUUUCACUCUUGGGAUUGAAAUAUUAGUUCUGAGUUUUUUCUACCGCUACAUGCUUACUGCUGGUCUUAUUGCUUUUGCUUGCUGGCCAUUUUUCACCCAACUCUGGACUCAAGCAAAGAUCACAUCACUAGGUUGGACACUCUUCUCUUUACUUCUUGCAGUGUUUCCCCUUUUACCUGUUUUAGGACGUGAACCAGAUAUCACUCUAGUAACAGGAGCAGGUUUGCUCAUUUUUUUGAUCUCCUUGUCAUCCUUUGUAUAUAUCUGGAAAAGCAAAAGUAAAUUUAAAGUCGAAGAUCUGCCAGUACAUCUGUAUCAGAUGGUAUGUGUACUUAUUUCCACUUAUAUUGUGAAUAGUACUCACAGUAGUCUUCUUCAGAAACAAGGCCUGCCUCAGAUGAACCAAAUUGUAAGCUGGGCAAUACUGGCCUCUUCCUUGGUUGUGCCAUUAUUGGGUCCCACGAUUAUAUUCCAGCGAUUAUUCAGUAUACUUCUCUCCUUGAUGUCAACCUAUCUGCUGUUGAGCACAGGAUAUGAAGCUUUUUUUCCCUUCGUGUUGUCAUGCUUAAUGCUGGUUUGGAUCCAUGUGGAACAAGAAACACUGCAGCAGUCAAGUAUUUCCUGUACACAAAAGCUCACCAGUAUCCAUUUUGCCUAUAAUACAGAUAUAACUCAAUUCCGGCAACUCCACCUGGAUGACAUCCGUAGGUCCUUCUUCUUUGUUUUCUUCAUAGUGACAGCCUUUUUUGGAACUGGAAACAUAGCUUCGAUUAACAGUUUUGAUCCUUCAUCUGUCUAUUGCUUCUUGACUGUAUUUAACCCCUUUAUGAUGGGAUCCUUGAUGAUGUGGAAGAUUUUAAUUCCUUUUGUUCUUGUGAUGUGUGCUUUUGAAGCAAUUCAAGUAACAACACAACUCUCAUCAAAAAGCCUUUUCCUCAUUGUCCUUGUUAUUUCAGACAUCAUGGCACUGCAUUUCUUCUUUUUGGUCAGAGAUUAUGGGAGCUGGCUUGAUAUUGGAACAAGCAUUAGCCACUAUGUGAUUGUUAUGUGUAUGACCAUCUUUCUGGUCUUUCUCAGUGGACUGGCACAACUGUUAACGACAAAGAAAAUCAAACUGUGGGGGAAAACCAAACCCCACUUCAUGUGACUUCACUACAGAUAUCACAAGGCCCCUGGAUUUCAUUCAGCCUCUCAUCUGUUUCAAUGCUUCUAUUUUUAAACUCUAAUUUAGGAGGAUCGACAUGUCAUAAAAUCCCAUCAAGGAUUCAACAUAGUUUGCCUUGAGAAGAUUAAUGAUGAUAUAUAACAUUUUCUGCUCCCACAAAAAGGCAAUGCAUUUGGAAUUCUGAAUCUAAAGAUGUCUAGAAUUAAUUAAUUUCCUAUUUUGGAGUUAAAUUUUGUCUCCUCCCCCCAAAAAAAUGUAGUUAUGUCUCUGGAAAAACCAUUAUGAAAUUUAUGCUUCCUCUUUAUUUUUUUUCUUUAACUGCAGCUUUUUCUUCUAGUUGUUAAUAUUUUGCAUCUGCAAAAAGCCAACUUUUGUCCUAAAAUAAGUACAUCCCUUCCUUAUUAGACAGUUCUAGGUAUAUUCUGUGAGGAUUUUAUUAACAUAUUCCCUGGGCUGAUUAUAUCUCAAACCACAACUAUGAUUGAAUUUGACAUGUGUCAUCAGGUGGCACAACAGAAUUUAUUAAUAAGUAGAAUUAUCUUUAAAAAACAACAACCACCCUACUUUCUGUCUUAGAAUCCAUAUUCAAUAUCAGUCAUCAGGAAGAAGAGUGGUAAGGGUUAAGCAGUUGGGGUUAAGUGACUUACCGAGGGUCAUAUAGCUAGGAAGUGUCUUGAGGCCAGAUUUGAAUCCAGGACCAAAAUUUGAUGUUGGGCCUUUUUGCUGUCAGCCAGAGAAGACCUUGGAAAAGAGUGCACUCAGUCUUUGAAGACUUUCCGUUUUGAUAAAAAUUGACAAUCAGAAGUCUUGUGUCUGACAUAGAGUUGUCAGACCACAAAGAGGCAUCAAGCUGAGAUUCAGGUUUAUUGAAAUAGAAAAGUUGGCUAUAAAUAUUAUUCAAUAAGAGGAAAAGACCUGGAUUCAAAUCCUUUCUCUGAUUCUCAUUACCUUUGGAACCUUGGGCAAGUCAUUUAAUCUCCCUGAGCCUCCAUUUCCUCAAUUCCAAAAGAAAGAGGUUGAGGUACAUCAAGCUUUGGGGCUUUUUAAAAAUUAUUUUUAACAUUCAUUUUUAAAUUGUCAGUUUCAAAUUUUCCCAUCUUUCAAGUUGAGUUUUGAGAAAAGUAUUUUGUAAAUUUUAAAAUAUAUAAAUGAAAAGAAGUGUUUGUCAUAGAACACCAUCUUCUUUUUCUAAGGGUUAUACUAUAAAAGACUUCUUUGCCAAACUAAAGAAGCCACAUUUCUGUUAAGUUCAACAAACAUUUAUGAAGUACUUGUACCACAGUAUAAUUGUAAGGGUUUAAAAUUUUUUAAAUAUAUAGAAACAAUCUGGUAAUGUGCUCAGUGUUAUAAAACUGUAUACCUUUUGAUCCAGCAAUACCAGUAUUAGUUUUAUUUACUAAUGUGAUAAAGGAAAAAAAAACCCUAUAUGCAUUAAAACAGUGAUGGGAAACCUAUGGCGUUGGUGCCAAAGACGGCAUGCAGAGUGUUCUCUGUGGGCACUCAGCUACCCCCUCCCCAAAUUUGUUACUAGAAAGGCAGAGGGACUUGGGCAGAGCAGCUCCCCUCCCCCUCUCCACUGUGCCUGAUGACAUUUUUUCCAUAUCCCCUGCCCCUCUGUCUAGCAAUCAAUGGGAGCUCACAGAGGGGAAGGUAGCCGGCUCACAGGCGGCAAAGCUGGAGGAUGAAUGCUCUGGCCACUUCCCCUUGUCACCUGUGCUGAGGACAUUUCUCACAUGACCAACCCCUCUGGCCUGCAGCCUAAUGGGAGUUCUUCCUCCCUCCCUUGGGUGGGAUAAUAGGGGGCACAGCAAGUUGUCUAUCUCUAAAGAGUUUGCCAUCACUGUUCUAAAAUAUUCUGAUAGUUCUCUUUGUGGUAGCAAAGAACUGAAAAUUGUAGGGAUAUCCAUCAAAUGGGGAAUAGCUGAACAAGUUAUUGCAUAUAAUUAUGAUGGAAUAUCACUGCACCAUAAGACAUAACAGGUUAAUUUUUGUAAAAUUCAUGGAAAGAUCUACAUGAAAUUAUGAAGAGUAAAGAAACUAAUAAACGGAAAUAAAGAAGACAUCAUUUUAUAUAUACAUAUAUCUUUUUGUAAGAGAAUACCUUCUCUAAUGGGGAGGACAGAAAUUAACUGGGUUUUUUAAUGUAACAAAUAAAUAAAUUUAAAUGUUUCUUAAAAAUCUAGUUGUGGCAUCCAAUAUGGAAACAGUCUCAAUCUAAAAUAAUAGAUCUUACAGUGAAUAGCAAAAGACUGGACUGCUGACAAUUUCUGACUGUGAAAUUAUAUCCCAAAGUCUAAACAUCCUUUCAUUAAACUUAGAUUAUCAUUUGUAAUGCAACAAAAUAUUUUGAGAGCAAUUCUUAUUUAGUCUUCCCAUAAAAGUAACCUUUCUAGAUUGCCAGAGAUUUGGCCUUUUGCUCCGGACAUCAUUGUUCUCUUUCUUUGGCAUAACAUUCAUAUGUACAAAAAUGACAGAGAGAAUAACUAAAAAGUUGCCUUGGGCUGAUGUGAAGCUCUAUUGAUAUGAGACCCAUUUUAAAGAAGGAAUUGCUUUUGAAUUAAAUUAGAAUGUUGCUAAUUCACAGUAAUGACUUGGAAGCCUGCUGAAGAUUACUAAAUUUUUCAACUUGUUGGGUGAGUGAACAAACACAAUUUAGAAGAAUUCAGGGAAUCAGUUUGGUAAAACAUUCUUUGUUCCUUUCUCUGUACAAUUGUAUCUUGAUUUUAAAUUAUUUAUGUUAAUACUGUAACACCAGCCAAGGCAUUAUACAGUGUGCUUAUAUAUACAUGUAUAGAUUUAUAUUUUGACUAUGUUAAAAUAAGAUCUUGCAUAUGACCUUUAAUCCAUGCCAGGAAUUAAGAUGAUACCUUAUUUUUGGUUCAGAUAAUCUUAAGGAUUAGUAAAUUUUUCUGAUGCCCCUUAGAACUUUGGGGUCAGUUUUUCUACAUAUCAGAGACAGCUGUACUUAUAAAUAUUUAUCCUGUGUAGCUCAGUUUAAAUCCAAGCUUGCCUUAUUUACUCAUCUUUUCCUGGGCCCCCAAAUUCUCACACAAAGCAGUGAAUGAAUGAAUAUUUUAUCUCUGCAUUGUAAAAGGUGCAAUAUGUUUUGUCCAGAGCCUUAUUUUGCUAAUCAACACAUGCCUCUUAUAGUGUGGAGGCAGUGUGUGAUUUUACCAAAAGGGAAACAUUCUGAGACAAUUCUGGUUUUACAUUGCAAUGAUCUAUAAAUAAGCUCUUCUGAUUCACUUAGAUAAUCCACUUAGCUGUGGGGACCUUCCAUGUUUUGUGGUUUGCAGAAUGUCUUGGGAAAUACUAAAAUGUAGAUUUUGUAUUUUUAUACCAAAUGACCAAGAAAAAAAUAGUUUAAUUGAAAUUCAAAUGUUGACAACUUCUACUACUUCCCCUAAGAAUUUCUUAUUGAAUCCUAGUCUUUGUUAUGAUAGAUUUUCAUUUAAGGUUUUAGGAUAUUUGCUGGUAACAUUGUUUUCAUUAUUAGAACAUACUGAAGGCAAUUAAAAUUUUCAAAUAGGGUUGAAAAGGCAUCAACCAAAGAGUAGAAUGUGGUUGUAGGCAAUGCUCUAGGCUCAGUCUCAUAGAAGGAAUGCUGUUGUAUCUACCAUUCAGGGCACUAGGGUACCCUUUAGGACUGAGGGAGGUUUUUGCUCAGCUACUGUCAGCUCAAGUCCCCAUUCUGGUGUUUUCCCCUUGCUGUUGACUGCCAGUGUUCUGUUUAGUGUAUUAACAUCAAUUAUAUUUUCCAGAAGGAUAUUUAUUUGGAAACUAAAAGAAGCGCAAAAGUACACAUAUCCCCCUCCCAUUGUUAAGGUCUGGGAAUUCACCCACCACCAUGGAAGAUCACAGACAAUGCAAUCAGACACGGAAAAGGCCCUUUAUUGAAAAACUGAUAGGCGCAUCAGUGGGAACCUCUGCCAUCGGAGUUCCAAGUUGCUUCUGACAGGCUGGGGUUUAAAUACUUUUUCAUGAAUAACCUUUUGUUGGAAAGUUGCUUUUUGCACCUGGGGUCUCGGUGCUGAAGUUUAUCAGGGACCUUGGACAGGCCCCAGCGCAAGGGCUGAAGCUUAUCUGUCUGUAGCGGGGCCUUGGCAUUUUUCCUGGCUGAAUUUCUCAAGGCAAUUUUAAAUUUAGAUCUCCCUCACCAUCCAAAUACCUGGAGAGGCUCAUUCACUAGACCUCCUCAGUCCCUGGGGAGAGUGGGCUCAAACUAAACACUUAAGUUUCUAUAUAAGAUUCUCCCCCACCAAAUUCACAUCCAUUGUACCUAGAUAAGCCUUAGUCAUGGCAGUUUCUGGGCAGAAUCUGGAGAUCUGCCCUAGGAUCUUGAAUUGCUCAUACUCCCAGGCUCAUCGCCAUCUGCAGUCUUCUGCACCUUUAAGUAGCCAAGAAAAGCUACAACAGAGACAAAGAAGAGCAGGGCCAUGUAUUCUUGGCUUCAUGUUGGCACCUAGGGAGAGAAGACCUCAGACCUCCACCCAGAGGCCUUCAGCAACUUGUCUUCCUUCCCUAGUGCUAACAAGUUGGGAAAGAACCUGAACCUGACUAACUAGUGCUUUUUAAAAGCAUCUCAUCCAUCUCCAUGGCCAAUCAGAGUUAUCCUGUCUGCCACAUGGUCAGAGCCUGGAAGCCGACUUCUCAGUCUCCAACCACAUGAGGAACUAGAUUAUCUCCUCCCCCCCACCCCACCCCCCCAAAAAUGUGGAAAGCAAAUAUGGAAGCAAGAAGCUGUCCAAAUUUCAACGUUUCCAAAGUUCAGUUUUUGGUUGUUAGGGUUAGCAUUGGGUGGCCCGGGUUCUUGUCUCAUCUUACUGUUAGUCACUUCUCUGUGUAAAAAUAGACUCGAACUCUGGACUUCAAUCCCCACAAGCCCUGGCUCCACUUCCCCAAAAUGCUUUGUAAUCUCACGGGAAUUCGGAGGUGGGCCGAGAUUGAGAAGGGAUUUAACCUGAUUGCAAAGGCUUUUGUGGUCUUUUUUUGGACUUCCGUUUUGGAGCAGAGGCGUCUCUUCCAUGAUGUAAGGUUAUCUUGUCUAGGCCUCUGGCCUAGGCAGGUGAUUUUUCUUACUUGUAUAUUCUUAAAUCCUUAAUCUUUAAUAAACCUCAUAAAAAUAUAA